GGAGGCACCAAUCACGGACAUCGAACGCCCUAGUGAUAGUGAAAUAUUGCCCCCGGAGCCUGGUUUGCCUGUUGCCGACUUUCCACCCUUUCCUUCAAAACCGGUUACAGAUACGCCUGCUUCCAAAUCUGACGUGCAGCUGCUGAGCCACAAACGGCGAAGAACGUGUGAUGCUGAUAGUCCGGACGAGGAUCUCCAGGAAUUAGAACACGACGUCCCAAAAGAGAUGCCGGUUACGGUUACUGACUCUAGUUUUCCUGAACCGUCGCACGCAGCUGUCGACGCUGCGGCUAUUGACGUCAUUCCGAGUGACGUGCAGGCAGCUUUGGCACCACAACAGCCGAGCACGCCGCCUGAAGUCGCGACGUCACCACAGGCCGAAUCACAACAAGCGCGUGCUUCCGAUAAGCAUAACAAGGGAGGCAGUCCUUGUGUACAAACUGAAGGAAGUCAACGUCCGUCUACAAACAAACACGAAGUUCGUGCUAGUGACAACAAACAAACUUGUCCACCUUCUGAGUCAGUUCUUUCUGCGGAUCAGAUGGCUGAGGCGUCACAUCCCAUUAUGGAUUGCGAAGUCACUCAGGAUCCUCCCACACCUCCGUCUGCCGAUGUGUUCCCUAGCAGGGCACGUAGUAGGACCAAAGUUCAACCGAACGUCAACGCCGUACGGAAGAAAAACAAACCCAACGACACACAAGUGCCUGUUCGUGAUCCUCCUGACAAUGCAGCCCAUUCCGAAGUUUCUGUGACAUUGUAA